AUGGCUUCUACACCUAGUUCAGAUUUAUGGCCAACGGCACCAGUGGCAGGCUCGCCAUCGCUGCCGCUGCCACUCUCCCCUUCGCUAUUCGACCCGAAGUAUUCGCCGUUCUCGCCUUCGCAUUCAUCUCGGCCAUCGACUUCGUCUAUAUCAUCGGCCUCUUCUCUCCCACCCUACACGCCGAGCUCAUCUCAGGAAUCACUCGCCCACCAUUUCCAUCCCAACCUGGAGCGAUCGCUCAAGACCAGCUCGGUCCACUCUGACCGAUCAUACCGGCCAUUGCCGUCCUUGCCACGCUCGACCUCAAUGACCUCCUUGCGAAGGCAGCAGCCCUUACCCCGUCCGGAGGUGAAAGCGCCCAACACUCCUGCGUUCGAUAUCCCUGCAGUACCAUCAGCACUGUCAGGCCACUCGCCUUCCUCCAGCGUACAUUCGGCGUCGCCGGGGCCGAUCUCGGCUCAAGGAGCGCUUCCUUCGCCAGCAUCAGCUGUUAGCGGGCGUUCUGUCCGUCGCUUACCCCGUACACCCGACCUGGCCGCGCCUCGUGUACAGUUCCCUCCAGGCGCGAAUCCAGACCGCCCGCCACUCUCACGGGGCAUGAGCGCCAACGCCAUCGAGCCGCCCCGUCGUCCGCUGCCACCAUCACUUUCCCGUGCGGCCACAGGGGUGCCUACUGUAAUUGUUGGCACCCCUACCCCUCGCAAGAGUACCUUCGACACAUCACGCAGAAGCGAGUCUGAUACACCACGCCGUGGCACGUUCGACUCGUCCAUCACAUCUCGCAAUAACGCGUACGACACCGCGCCCGCGAGGCGCCCUUCGCCACCCGUGCUCUCUCUCGUAACAGAACUCAAGAGCUUCAAGCCCUUGCCACCCCCAUCAACUACGCGUCCGCGCAGCAACUCGUCGCCUGCUACGCCAAUCAGUUCACCGCUGUCCGCCGAGGAACCCAAAAAGUCGCGAGAGGAGGUACAGAGGCUGAGCCUGGCGAAGCUUCAGAGGAUGCUGUCGCAGCGCGUUCCUCCAGAGCUUGUCAUCAUGAACCCGGACGAGUCGGACGUGGAGAGCUUCACGGACGAGGACACGAGUGGUGGACAUCUCGACAUCGACGAAGACGAUGCUCGUGCUCCCAUGAGCGCCAUCGAGUUCGCUCCACCCACCCCUGCUGAGGUCAAGCGGCCUGCGCUCGUAGCGAAGCAUGCUGAGAAGGUGCGCCCCGCAUGGGCAGAGGAAGCACGCAGACUUGCACCUGCGAUCCUCGAACCUCCGCCGGAGCCUCCUGUGCCAUCACGACGAGUAUCAACUGUUGCGGACAAGUUCGAUCGCGAGUCGAAGCGGUUGAGCAGGAAGUGGGUGAGGGAGGUGAAGGGGAAGCGUUGGGUCGAAGAGGACAUGCAAGGCGUCGUCAUGCAGUUGCGCAUGCUUCGUCGGUAG